AUGGCACGAGGCACCGGGCUGAAAAGACGCUCUAUAUGGAACGAAGAGGAUUUUGGAAGCCCCAAAAGCCCAAGGAAAUUUGUCGCCUGUGAAAGAUGCCAUGCGCACAAGAUCAAGUGCUCUGGCGACCUGCCGUGUAGCAAAUGCCGCGCUGUCGGAUGUGCAGACCAAUGCAAAUUCGCUACCCGAGAUCGGCAAGUGAAAGUGAGCGAGAACUAUCUCGACCAGAUCCUCUCGGAAAACCGACGCCUGAAGGAGCAGUCGGCCACCGCGGCCGAAGCAACCGACCCGGUAAACCGGCCAUCUCGGCCAGCAGAAACCCUUCCGGACGCGGGCAGCACGAGUAUCCAGAACCCGUUGAUCGGCGAUCGGGCUUGGUUCCACCGCUAUGACCCAUCUUCGCCGCCUAUCUAUAUCGGCGAGGCCGCCUGCUCGGCAUUUGCCACGCGCUUUCGUCGCUUCUUGACCGGAAACAAUGCAACGGCGCAUAUUCCACGAACUCAAUAUGUUGUCGAGGAGAAGAUCAUGGCCGCAAAUGAAGCUGAUGUGCAGUGGCCAAGCCUUCACCAUGCUCGGCUGCUGGUCAGGAUUGCCAUCCAUCAAAUUGGCCAUAUAUAUCAUCUGAUGAUGCGCAAAUCCACGAUGGAUAAGCUUGAGGAGAUAUAUCAGACGGCUGGUUUUGACUGUACUGCCAACAAGUGCAAGUUUUUUGCACUGUUCGCUUUCGGACAGGCGUAUUCUGUUCGCUCUGAGCUCACACCAGGAUCGCGAGUGCCGGGUACACCAUACUUUGCGAGAGCCAUGAGUCUCGUCCAGAUCCUACCGGAACGGACGAGUGUCACCCAUUUGGAAACCUUGUUGUUACUGUCAUUAUUUUCGUAUUAUCUCAAUAGGCGCCACUGUGCAUAUGUUCUGGUCGGGAACGCAAUGCGAAUGGGUCUCACAAUUGGCUUAAACCACAACAUUCCAGAAUCCCAGCUCAUUGACCCGGUCGAGAGGCAGCACCGCGUUCAGAUUUGGUGGACAAUCUACAUCUUCGAUCGGAUGUGGGGAUCGAAGAUGGGCCUCCCCAUGCAGAUUCUAGACGAAGAUAUUCACGUUGAUAUGCCGUCACCAAUUGCUCCCAAGCAGCUUCAUGACGAAGAGCUGUCUGAUACAGAGUUCAUGUCGGCUAAUGUCAAGUUGGCAAGGAUUGUGGGAGAGACAAUUACGAAGCUCUAUAGCCGCCGAAAAUACCGGGAGACUUUUUUACAACGAGUUCAAAAACUGCUGAAGGCACUGAAGAACUGGGUUGAUAUGCUGCCUGAAAGUCUGCGGUUGAACAUGGAGGAUAUAGAAUCGAGCAAGAAGCCCGUUCUUUCAUUGCAUCUGGCCUUCAAUCAGUGUGUUAUUCUCGCUACACGACCAACUCUUCUCCAUCUCCUCAUGACCCUGAGUGAAGCCGGCGCCACAAGAUCGAACCGAGACACUACUACUCCUGAUUCUGUCUCCCAGCCCGUUCUCACCCUCGGCGAGGCUUGUAUCCAUGCAGCCCGGCACUCACUCUCGAUGAUCCUGACCCGCUGGAUCAGUGGGUCUAUGCCCACAUUCGGCUACUUUCAUGCACAUUACCUAUUCUCCGCGGCUCUGAUUCUAGCAAUGUCAAGUUUCGUCCCAAUUGGCAACCCCAACGACAUGGGUGGCUUUGACUCUGCCUUGGACAUAUUGCGCUCCAUGACUGAGAACGGCAACCUUGCUGCGGCCGAGUUCUACCAUAACCUGGAACAGGUCAAGCUCUGCCUAGAUGGCUACCGGGAUGCCCGACGACCACGCGCUGAUCUUGCUGUUGGCACUGCAAAUUCCGCUUCCGCCAGCGUCCCUAGCUCUGCUACGGGAUUCUCCUCGGCGUUGGCAUCAGCCUCCGUAGCCAGUGUUCCAGGGACAAUAGCCUCUGAAAUGCCCAUGAUUCCCGCCGAUAACGAAUUGCUCGCUGGUCAGACCCAGACAGCCAACGAUGUCGAGGCGUACACAUAUACUCUUCCUGUCAGAGACACGAUCUGCGGGUACACGACUGAGAUGGCCUUUUUGGAACCGACCAUGCAAGACUUCCUGGCACAGUCAGAUAUCGAUUUGGGACUGCUGCAUCCUGUCGAUACAUUGUUGAACGAAGCAGAGAAUCUUUAUACAUCGCAUGAGUUAUAG